GGUGUGGGUGUGGGUGUGGGUGUGGGUGUGGGUGUGGGUGUGGGUGUGGGUGUGGUUGUGGGCGUAGAUGAGGAAAAGAUCAACACCCACACGCACUCGCACACCCUUUCUGACGAAUCUCGUGAGAACCAGGUUUUUGAGGUGAAGACUAGGUCUGAGAUCGGAACUGUUUUUGAGAAACAGAUACAGCGUAAAAAUCUCUAUCGACUGGUCUUUUGUUUCAUGUUAGAGGAAAUCUCUUUGUUAGGAAUUGAGAAAUACUUGAAACUACUGAAGCUUAUUUUCGCUUGGAACAAAAUAAUUUUAAUGAUGAACAAUCUAUAUAGACAGAUGGAGUCCUUUCCAACACUACAUCAUGUAGUUGGCCUCUCUUACUAUCUAUAUCACCGUUUGAAUCAGAUCAGUAUCUCUUCGUGUGACAGAAAAAUAUAAAGAACAAAUGUGUAAAAAGAAUGGAAGGAAACAAAUGCUCUUAAACUUUUGUCACCGACUGUAGUCUUACGUGAUCGUUAUUCUCAAGUGCAAUUGUAUAAGAUGAACUAUCUACAGACAUGGUAUGUGUUCUAUCUUCUCUUGAAGCUUUACUAAAAAAAAUACAUUCAUGACCAAGGAGGAAAAAGCGGAUCCUCGGAUCCUUGGAUCCUCUUGGAUCCUUUGAGAUCCUCUUGGAUCCUUUGGGAUCCCAAGAGGAUCUCAAAGGAUCCAAGAGGAUCCAAGAGGAUCCGAGGAUCCGAGGAUCCGCGUUUUCCCCCUUGUUCAUGACUGUAUAGAAUAAAGAACCACGGCAACAACAGAUAACGCUUUAUGCUAUUUCACUGGAUGUUAUUGAGAAAAAUCGAAAUAAUGAAAAAGUUUCAUCAUCGUUCAUGACAACCAUAUGCCAUCGAUUACACGAACAGUUUGGAAUUUGGUAUAUGUUAUUCGCAACUUUCAUUUUCGCUUGUUGUUCGUUUGCUCUCAAAACAAUACCAGCUGAUAUCUUUGAUAUUAUGAUUGUUCGAUUUUCAAUUCACUGUAUUUUUUUGGUGUAUUUACUACUUUCUAUAAACAUUAUUAUGUAUUUGAUACAAAUGGACAACUGUUUGCGUUUAUAUUAAACAUUUUAAUAUCAGUUGGUACUAAUUUCACUUAUUUAGCUGCAUUGUAUUUUAUUCCAUUAUCGGAUUUAAAUACAAUCAGAUACACUUAUAUUGUUUGGGCAGCGAUAUUAUCUGUUAUAUUUUUUAAGGAACGUUUCAAAAUUGUUAAUGCAAUAGGUCAUAUAUUUGAUCGGACAUCAUCAUCCUCGUCAAUAUUAAUUCCGACAACAAGAACAACUUCAACCGCAGCUAUUGCUACUACUACGACUUCUUCAUUUUAUUAUUAUUUAGGUAUUGGUUUGACUUUUUUAUCAGCUUUGGCAAAAGAAGCACAACUAAUUGCUCGAAAACAAUUACUCAUUACAAAACAACCACAUUCUAUUAUGAAUUUUCAGUAUGCAAGUGUUGCUUUAUUAGUUUCGUUGUUUUAUAGUAUUAUUCGUCGAUUUUGGCAACCGGAAUCAUAUCCAUCAUCGGCGGUGCACACUCAUUUUUUUUGGUAUGCCAAAUUAUUAAAAAGUAUAAGGAACUUAUAA